AUGGCUGAUUUUGAAGACGACUGGAAUGAAGAAUCGCCGACAAAUUUUGCUCCAACAUUUCAAUCAAAUGCUGCGGGAGCGGCACCCCCAACUCGACAAUAUCGAGGCAGAACUUUCCGAGGGAGUAACCGAAACUCGAAUAAUGACUCAAAUUGGAGGGAGCGUGGGAAUACUAGCAACAGCAGUGGCAGUGGUGAUUAUCGCCGCAACUACGAUGGUGCAGGCGGACGGCGUGACUUUAAACGAGACGCUGGUAAUAAGAAAGUAAUUUAUGUUCCGUCUAACAAAGUAGGGCGUAUCAUAGGCAAAGGAGGAAUCAAAAUAAAAGAUCUUCAAUUCGAAUCCGAUGCCCGAAUCAAAGUAGGAGAUUCGAAUGGCAAUGAAACUGAUGUUACUCUCACCGGCACGGAUGAUGCUAUAUCCAAGGCUCAACAAAUGAUAGAAAAACUUAUUGAAGACUUCAAACCUCAGGAAAAAGAAGAACACGAUAACAAAGAGGAUAGUGGAACUCGCUCGAAAGAGUUUUUUAAAAUUAACGAGAAUGGAGAUCAAGUAAUUGAUUGGGAUAAGCUUAAUGCUUAUCAUAAUCAGGUGCAACAAAAUCGUUACGAAAAGUUACCCCCUAUAGUUAAAGAUUUUUAUAAAGAAGAUCCUGCAAUAGCAGCUAUGUCAGAUGAUGAGGUAAAACGAUGGCGAUUAGAAAAUUAUGAUAUUCAGGUUAAAAGAACGUUUGAAGACAAGCCUGGGUUGCGCAAAAUUCCCAACCCAGUCCUUACUUUUGAACAAGCAUUUCAACAUUACCCUGAUAUCUUGACUGAGAUAUACAAGCAGGAUUUUAAGUCUCCAUCGCCAAUACAAAGCCAAGCUUGGCCCAUUCUUCUGAGUGGUGAAGAUAUGAUAGGUAUCGCACAGACUGGUACGGGGAAAACAUUGGCUUUCCUUUUACCAGCCUUAAUUCAUAUUGAUGGUCAAACAGUGCCAAGAGAAGAAAGAGAAGGUCCCACAGUAUUAAUUUUGGCUCCCACCCGAGAGUUAGCCAUACAGAUUGACAAAGAAGUAUCUAAGUACCAGUAUAAAGGUAUUAAGUCAGUAUGUUUGUAUGGAGGAGGUGAUCGUAAAGAACAAAUUAAAGUUGUAGCCAAAGGUGUGGACAUUGUUAUAGCUACACCUGGUAGACUUAAUGACUUAGUAUUGGCCCGCCAUUUAAAUGCUAUUAAUUUCUCAUACAUUGUGUUAGAUGAAGCUGAUCGCAUGUUGGACAUGGGUUUUGAACCACAAAUAAAGAAAUCAUUAUUUGACGUUAGACCUGAUCGCCAGACAGUGAUGACCUCGGCCACAUGGCCGCCCGGAGUAAGACGACUUGCCGAAUCAUACAUGAAAGAUCCCAUACAAGUGAAUGUUGGAUCUUUAGAUCUCGCUGCUGUUCACACCGUAACACAAAAAAUUUUAUUUCUUGAGGAAGAUGAUAAAGAACCUGCCUUGUUUGAAUUCUUGAACAACAUGGAUCCAAAUGAUAAAGUUAUUAUAUUUUGUGGUAAAAAAGCCACAGCAGUACAUAUAUCUACAGAACUAUGCGUUAAAGGCAUAGAAUGUCAAUCAUUGCAUGGGGAUAGAGAUCAAACCGACCGGGAGGCAGCAUUAAAUGACAUGGUUGACGGAUCUGUUAAUAUUUUAGUGGCAACAGAUGUGGCGUCGAGAGGUAUAGAUAUAAAAGACCUCACGCAUGUUAUCAACUUAGACUUUCCGCGCCAUAUUGAAGAAUAUGUGCACAGAGUCGGUAGGACCGGCCGUGCGGGGAAAACUGGUAUAUCCCUGACUUUUGUAACUAGACAGGAUUGGGGAAGUGCGAAGGAACUUAUUAAAAUCCUCGAAGAAGCAAAUCAGGAAGUUCCCGAUGAGUUGCUGCAAAUGGCGUCAAGGUUUGAAGCCAUGAAAUUACGUAGAGACAAAGAGAGAGGUGAAGGUUCUGGUGGUCGUGGUCGUGGAGGCAGAGGCGGAGGCGGUUCCUAUGGCCGAGGCAGAAGAGACCGCUGGUAA